CCACAAGCUUCACUUCUCUUGAGAACUUCUCAAGAGUUCGAUCAGUCCCAACACUUAUUCAUGCUCUUGACAGAAAUUUUAAAUCCAGAAUGGCAGACCAAAAAAUCUAUCAAGCCAGCACAACUGCCCCAGUCAAUAUCGCUGUUGUCAAGUAUUGGGGAAAACGCGAUGCAAAACUUAACCUCCCGACCAACUCCUCUGUGUCGGUAACACUUUCUCAAGCUGAUCUCCGCACACAUACCACAGCAGCAUGCUCUGCUACUUUCGGCCCAGAAGACAGCCUCAUCCUCAACUCCUCCACUCAAGACGUCUCAGGUGCACGAACACAAGCAUGUUUCCGCGAAUUGCGCUCCCUCCGCACAGCCCUCGAAGCUUCCGAUUCUUCUCUCGCUAAGAUCGCCACUCUUCCCCUCCGUAUUGUCUCCGAGAACAAUUUCCCUACCGCUGCAGGUCUAGCAUCCUCUGCUGCCGGCUUCGCUGCUCUCGUGCGAGCAAUUGCAAAUCUUUAUGAGUUACCUGCAUCACCUACAGAACUAUCCAGAAUUGCAAGACAAGGAAGCGGAAGUGCAUGUCGUUCACUAUUUGGCGGAUAUGUAGCGUGGCAGAUGGGAGAGAAGGAUGACGGAUCAGACAGUCUUGCUGUCCAGGUAGCGCCAGCAUCACAUUGGCCCACGAUGCGCGCUUUGAUCCUCGUGGUCUCAGCCGAGAAGAAGGGAGUCAGUAGUACAUCCGGCAUGCAGAUUACCGUCGCUACAUCGAAACUCUUCAAACGCAGAGCGGAGGUUGUGGUACCAGAAAGCAUGCUGUUAAUGGAGAAGGCAAUCAAAGAGAAAGACUUCCAGAGCUUUGGUGAGGUCACGAUGAGGGAGAGUAACAGUUUCCAUGCUACAUGUCUGGAUACCUUCCCGCCAAUCUUCUACCUCAAUGAUGUCAGUCGAGCGGCUAUCAGAGUGGUGGAGGAUAUCAACAAGAAUGCUGGAAAGAUCAUUGCGGCGUAUACUUUCGAUGCUGGGCCAAACGCCGUUAUCUAUUACGAAGAGGAGAACGUGGAUGCGGUUGCUGGAGUCUUGAACGGUGCCUUAGGAGGUUUGGAUGGUUGGAAAACACGGGACAUUGAGCCACAAAAUCCAAGCAAUCUCGAUGCUAGAGCUGUACAGGUGUUGAAGGAUGGUGUGAGCAGGGUCAUCUUGACUUCUGUUGGUGAGGGUCCAAUUAGGACUGAGGAGUCUCUGAUCGAUGCUACCGGUGCGCCAGUACAGAAGUGAAAAGUCCCGAAAAUUACCUGCUGUCAAUAGAAAUGAUAUCCUGCGAGCGAAGAUAGCCGUAAAAGCUUUAGAAUUUGCUUUGCGGAUUGAUAUUUGUCAUAUUUUACUCGCUAUCAUUGCCAUGAACUCCCAUCUGCUAAUACUCUCAUGACUCUCUGUUCUAUUUGUUUUUUUUUUCCCUUUUGCCUGGCAGUGUACCUGAAAUUCGAUUGAGAAGUUUAAUCACCAGCAAUGAGAAAUAACAUUGACG